AUUACUACUGGUAUUACAAUGUCAAUGUUAAUGUACAACUGAUUAACUACAUUUUAAAACUUGUCAAGUUACAGGAUGGAUGUUCCAGGACAUGUUGGAUGGCCCAUUAUAGGUGAUAAGUCUUUAAAGUUUUACAGAGAUCCUCAUAGAUUUUUAGAUGAAAACAUUAAUCAAGAAAGAAGUCCUUUGUUUGCGAUCCGCUUCCUCAACAGGCCAACUAUAUUUGUGUGUUCAAAUAAAGGCGUUCAAGAUGUACUUAAUGGUAAAAAAUAUUUACUAUUCAUUCCUUGAAAUCAAUGAUAAGCUGUUUAAAAAAUCUCUCUCUUUUUGUUUUACUUUACAAUCAUUCAUAUAUAUUAAUAUUACUUUAAGUUUGAUUUGAUUGUUCAAUACUUCAGAUAUAUUGUUGCUAUAGAAUUGUAAUCCUACAAAACAAAUUCCUAUUUAUAAUAAUUAUAUGAAAUAUGAUCCAUGUAAAUUUAAUACAGCCUAUAUGUAUCAAUCACAGAUGAGGACAAUUCAUUUGAUCUGGGAUAUGAGUCAUUUAUUGGACCUAUGUUUGACAAUAAUAUACUUUCUGCUAGCAGUAAGUACAGACUCCUCUAAAUUUUGGUUAGCUGAUCUAGAAAUCACCUUUCAUAAUGAUUGAAAUAGAAAAAUUUUUUGUACUGUGAGUGGAAGGUAUAAGAAGGAGCCAAUGUAGAUGCAUUAUGCUCAGAUUUGGAGAAAAAAAAUGACAGUGUUUUUGUAUUAUUUCACGGAAAUCAAAUCAAUUUCAAAACACCCGGAUUUUUAAAACAAUGAUAGUGAUUUUGCAUUAAUUUACAGAAAUAGAUCAAUUCAAAUAUGAUAAAAUAUAUAAGCUUUUACAAAAUUAUAUUAUUAUAAUUAAUUUAAAAAAAUUUAAAAUAAACAUUAUUUUCUAUAUAGUACAGGGGCAUGAAAAAGGGCUGGGUGGGCCUAUAUUAUAAAGAGGAUUGACAUUUAUCAAAACCCAAUGAUAUUAGAAAUAUAAAUAUCUAUACAUAGUCUACUAAUUUUGAAAAAAAAGUGAAAAUCUGAUAUAGUUUUUUUUAAAUAUACAUUUCAAGGGCAUGGAAAAUUUUCGCAAUUUUUUUUGGGGUAUACAAUAUUUCAAAUCCAAAUACAGUGACACACUUUGAGUACCUAAGGAUCACUGUCAAAAUAUAAUAGAUGGUUUUUGUGACCAGAAAAUCAAUGCUAAGAUCACUAAAGCACAUCAGACAUUUGCAAUGUUGACAUUCAUCUAUAGAUCAAACAACCUGAACAACUUCAAUAAGACCAGCAACUUUAGAAGUAAUGUUUUGAGUGGAUCAAAGUUCUGUAUGAAACUUGCACUAAGAAAAAGCUGGAAGUUUUCAAGACCUAAAUCAUAUAAUCUUAUGGCCAAUAGACACUCUUGAAUGAAGAUGAAAGCAUGUCACUGUAGUUAGCUUGGUCAUGUCUAGAGAAAUAUACCAAGUUUACUUCUCAGAAGAGCAGGACUCAGAUGGACAGCUCAGGUAUAUCAAAACUGCUGAAGACAACUUGUCCAGCACAAUAGAGAGGGUUGUAGAGAAUAGAAACCUGACCAUGUAUACAGCUCCAACAUAAGCAGCUGUUGUUUUUAGACAAAAGGUGCUAUCUCUGAUAGUUUCUUUAUGCACCAGUCACCAGUGAAUGAGGACUAAAUGAGUGAAUGGCAUUCAAAUAAAGUAACAAAAAUAUAUACUGGGGCUCAACAUCCCUUGUAUUCCUUUUACAUACAUGUAUGUCUUUUUCUUUUUUUCAUAUUGGUUCUGCUUUAUUUAAUUUGUAAACUAGAUGAAGAAGCUAAAUCAAGCAGAGAAAUUCUUAGCGCCUUGCUAAUGGGAAAUUGUAUGUCUACAUUUGAGAUUUCACUAAAUAGGUAGGUAGAUGUGCCACUUAUUUAGAAAAUUUAUAUUUAUCUCAUUUUGACAUCAACUUUCAAAAGGCCAUUUCAUAAUUAAAUUUAUAUAUAUACAGUGGAACCUCUCAUAACGAGCAUAAUUCAUUCCAGAAUCUUAAUCGUUAAGCAAAACACUCGUUAAACGAAACAAUUUUCCCCAUACAAAUCAAUGUAAAAUACAAUAAUGCGUUCCAUGCUGAAAAAAUACUAGGGGUAAUAAGGGGAGAGACUGCAAUCAGGUUAGUACAAAAUAAAAUGAGUAAAACAGAGUAUGGUUAAACCUGAAAAAUUAAACGUAACAAAACAGCGAACGUGUCGGCAGAAAGCCUUCGUCAGCGAACAAAACAACAGAAAAAACGUUAUAAAAAUAAGAAAUAGCACUUAGCUGGUAAGUAGUAUCUGUGGGCAGCAAUAUGUGAAAAUACUAAUUUUUCAAAAUUUUUUAUUAACAUUUAUUGAAAUAAAAUUACCUAUGGAGUGUAACAACUUGGAAUACAAUUUAGAUUUGAAACAAAAAAGUAAAUAAAAAUAUGAAUUUAUGACAAAUAAUUAAUCCAUUUUAACUAGAAAACUGUAUAAAGAUAUUUCUUUUUGCCGACACUUCAAAAUUUGACGAAAAUGUGUCACAGCAUUAUCAUUGAAUAAAUUUGUAGCACUAAUAGCCACCUCUUUAUUAGGGUGAUGCUUCUCAAUGUACGAUGCAACAAUUUCCCAUGCUUUCAGCAUUUCUCUUAUGGCACUAGAAGAUUGUUGCUCUGCUACUUCCUCCUCUAUUUAUGAGCUCUCCUCCAUAAUUUCUUGCUGUGAAACACCAUCCAACUCCAUAACCUAUUUGGUGGUCAACUCUUGACUGUGCUCUUCUAUAUUGUUGUUGUCCACCUCAAGUUCCAUGAUAUUGGCCAAUGACAAAAUCUCAUUAACUGUAGACUCCAUAGGUACUGUUUCAUAAUCACAUUCAACAACACUCUCUGGCCAAAGCUUUUUCCAAGCUGAAGUGAGGGAAAAAGGGACUUCCCCUUUCUGCGUAACUUGUUAUGUGAAAUGUCGCUCGUUAAGGGAGCAACUUCUUCACAUUUUUUUUUUGCUCGUUAUGCGAAUUACUCGUUAUGAGAGGUGCUCGUUAUGAGAGGUUCCACUGUAUAUAUAAACUAAUUUUAGGGCUUUACAAUUAUGUUGAGAGAAUCACAAUUAAAGAUAAAAUAAAUCAAUACAAUUAGGAAAUAUUUCUUAAAAUCCUAUUGAUUCUUCUUUAAAUUUCAGAAUUUUGGAGAACAAAAUUUCAAGAGUGCUUGUUGGGUACAGUAAUUAAAAAAAUAAUCUAAUAAAUUAAAAUUACCACUAAUUACUUUAAAAGGAAUAAAUACAUAUGAAAGAAAUACACAUAAAAAGAUUAGUAUAUUUUCUCAAAAGCAAUUUGGAAACUGUUCACAUAAAAAAUAUGUAGAAUUAGCUUUCAAGCUCAAGAAAGUCAACAUACCGCUUCUGUUCAAAUGGACCUCCAUUGUGAAAUUUUCAACCAUAUUUUAAUUGACCCAUUAAAUACAGUUAUGAAUUCAUAGAACAAUAAUUAUUUUAUUAAACUGAUUUUCUGGAUGCCAAGUACGAACAUCAAAACCUCAGAGCAACCGGAGGCAUGGGGGGGAUGUGGGGGGACGGACGGACAACAAAAGCAAUAAAAGAUGGUGUGCAUGAUUUUUAAUAUUCUUAUGUACAUCAUUUGUUACAAACUAUUGUGAAUAUUUUUGCAGACCCAUGAAUAGCUUUUAACAAAUUUCCAUUCUCAAGAAGCUUAUACUUAUUAAAGUAAGGACAUGUUAGUGUUAGAUCAAUGUUACACUGAACAAUCAGAAUAUCUCCCAGAGUGGUUAUUUUCAUCUGCAAUUUCUCAGGCAUUCAAUCAUUUUUUAACCGGAGUCUGAGAGAAAGCUGGCUACAUAGGUUCAGUUGUGCUGGCAAAGCUGAAUGAAAACUCAGCAGUAGUUGCAAAUUUACAGAAAGUAUACCAUUUGCUUUGAAAUGUUGAAAUAGUUGCACCCAAUUUUAGAUCUACAGAAAUGUUUUGCGAGUUCCAUUCUUCCAGCCUAGCAGGUGACAAAAACUGUUUCACAAAAGUUAGCUCAUCAAAGAGAUCGCUAUCAACAAUUUUCCCUGGGAAGAUUUCCUUUGUGCAGAUAGUCUUACGCGGUUUCGUUCAAGUGCAGUAGUAAUGCUUAGAGUAAUGAGAAAUGUCCGCACAAUGGCCCUGAAACUAUUCAUUGCGAUGGCCUUUUGGGGAGAAAUAAGAUAACUCGAAUGGAAAUAACGCAAGUCUUGCUGCCAAAAGUACGGACAAGCCAGACAUCAAAGGGAAAGUAUGGACAAAUACGGCCGCAAAAUUUAAUUCUUACAAGGGGGUUGAAAAUACAAACUGUCCAUACUAAAUAAGAAUGUCUGGUAACCCUACUUAAACAUAUUUGGUCAAAAUGCUUUGUAAAGAGCAAUUGAAUUACCGGUAAUGUUUUUAUCUGGUCCUGACUGCCUCUAAUGUAAAAGCAUUAGUUUAAUAUAGAGAAAAAUGUGUUUUUUCUUUACAUUCAUUUUGCCACAUAUUUUGGGGAUUCUCACAUGCGUACUGAUUGUAAAAGAAAAUCACUUGAGAUUAAUUCUAUAUUUAAAUAGUUUACAAUGGCAGAAUUUGCAUAUUAUUUAAACUACACACAAAACAAGAACACUGUAACUUGUUCCAUGAUGUAAUUAUGUUCUUAAACAAUGUGAUGCAAUAGUUUUAGUUAUUCCAUUUAUGUCUUAAUUCAAUUUGAUUUUGUAAAUUACUUUUAAAUAAAGUAAAUUUUGGCUACCCCUUUUUUUUUGCUCCUAGAAAACCAUCCUGCAUAUACAAGUUUUUUAAAGAAUUGUUUUCAGAAGUCUGCCUAACUCUGUUUCUAGGCAUUGAUUUCAUGGAAAGUCCAGAACUUGCAGAAAAAAUUACAACUUUAACAAAAGAGCACUGGCGAGGUGAGACUUUUUCCAGAGAUUCAUAGAUUCAUGGACACUAUUGAGAAAAGUUCAGUUUGAUUAAUAGGAGUUAAUAUUACUAUGUUAGGUCUAAAUUUACAUAUGACCAAAUGUAUAUGAAAAUGAAAUUUACCAAUGGUAUUAAAUUUUAUUAGGUAUUACUGCUGUGCCACUUAAUCUACAGCUUUCAUGGACUGGUACAUCAACAUACAGCAAGGCUCAUCAAGCUAAGGUAUUUAAUAAUCUAAUUUUAUUGGCCUAUCAGCCUCUGUAUUUUACAACUCAAAGUAAUUUAAUGGCAUAUUAUCAAAAUUAACCCUUCCAUUUAAAGAGAUAAUAAUUAUAAUUUGCAGUCAAAAUUGCUGGAAGUGAUCAAGUCUCAAAUUGAGAAAGCUAAAGAUUGUUUUCCAGGCAAAUUGAGAGACACCCCUGGUUUGACUGGAGCAGAAAAGAAUCAUCAUCUGCUUCUUUUCACAACAGCUUUAAUUCCAAAGGUCCUUGCUUCUAUAUGCACAUCAUUGUUUCUAGAGAUUGGAAAGUCAGAGAAGGUAAUUAAUUUCACUUUCAGAACAUGAUUGGGCUCAUUUUGAAUACAGUAUAUUUCAGUUUUGGAGCCUUCUUAAGUUGAUUCUGUUGUAGUUAAAAAAGAAAUAAUGACCCCUAACAUGCAUAUUGAAAAAAUCUACUUGCAAGCUUGGUAUCUAGUUUUUUCAUUACAGCUAAUACUUUUUUGGACACCUGUGACAAAUUUAAUUUUUAAAAACUUAAGAAAAGGGGAAUGAAAUUUUUAUUUUCAAUACAUGUUACAAGGUACCCCCAUGUUAAGCACACAUUUCAUUACUGAAGGAUGUGUUAAAAACAUGCUUUAUUAAGUGGACUGUUCAUCAAGAGGACAGUUAAUAAGUAAACUGUCUUUAUCUUAUUUGACCAAGAACUAGAACCAGUAGCAGUAUAUUAGGUUGCUUGCCCCUUUCUAUUUUUAUUUGUCCACUUCUCUACCAAAUUGAAAUUCUGUUCCAUUCACUACUAUUCACUAUAGGCCAGUCUUGUACACUAUGACGCAUAAUUAACAAUCUAGAUAUAUAUUCAGACUAUACCACUGUGUUGGAUCCUAGCAUUCAUCUGAGAAAUAAUUAAAUGGUAUGAAGUCCCUACCACGUCAACUCGUAAUUACCUUGUUUUUGUAUUAAUUAAGUUACUGUGUGUGUUGCAACUUUUAUAAAUAUUUUUCAUUUGUUUUUACCUUUGUGACUAUCAAAGAAACUUUUUAAAAAUCAUUCUUUACUUUAUUUUUGUAUUGCUAAAACCAUCAUUAGGAUAUAAAAUACACAUUUAAAUAUAUAUGCUUUGCAGACACAUCUUCAAGCUCAAGCAAAUGAAGAUCUGGAAUUUAUUGAGUAUCUAGUUUUGGAAACCAAAAGGUUGCACCCACCGCUUCUAGGUGGGAGGCGGAUUGCUCAAAAGGUGCAAACCUUACUCCUUAAUUUUUAGAAUCUAUGUAUUAUAUUAAUAAAAAAAAUAAAUUGUGUUAAACCUUUAAUAUGGAUUCCACCACAAACAAAUUAAAACAAAUACAUAUUUAAGUAUAUAUUAAAAAAAUAGAAUUAGUGUCAAAAUCUUUUUACGAUAUUAGAAUGAAUUUUAAUUUUGCCCUGUUUUUUUCCCAUAUUUUCUCUGAAUUCAAGAGUUGUUUAGUAGCAGGGUAUAAAAUUCCAGAGAACUAUGCUGUUGUUUUCAUGUAUCCCUCUGCACAUAGAGAUGAGUCUGUAUUUGAAAAUCCUCACGAAUUUUUACCAAACAGAUGGUCAGCAAAGUAAGUACCUAAUGAAAUGUGGAAACAUUUUUAAAAAUAGCCUGUUAAUAAGGGAGAAUGUUAUUUUUGUCAAGUAACGUAAGUAGAUGGGAGGUUCAAGCAUUGCUGCCGACAUUGUUUGGCUUGUAAUAGGAAUAAAUAUGAAAACAAAAUACCGGUAAUUAAAAACUCAAAUUGAAUUAGAACUUAUGACCUAACAUAGUUCAUCAACAAGCCUGGUGCUUCAAAUUUGAAUUUCACCUUGCGAUAGUGAUUUUUAUGGCGCUUUGAGUGUUCCUGCUUUGAAAAAGUGCACACACAGUGAUGCUUGCGUUGACAGCAUCUGUUUCAGGAGCUCCACUUGCACACACCUUGGCACAGAACAGAUCUGAAUUAACUUUUAAUAAUGGCCACUUAUUUCCCUACCAGAGAAUCUUUUAUUUUAAGGUGUGACAACAAAUUUCUUGAAAAGGCUUUAUUAUGUGGUCAAUAUAUGAAUGAAUUGGAUUAUUUUCAGACAUUCAAAAUUACUAACACAAUAACAUAAUAUUUUGACUACUUUUUUUUUAAACGCCUAGCAAAAGUACUUAAAUAAUUACAAUUUAGUUGAAGUUACUUUACAAUUUUUAAAAAUUCACUUAUUGAUAUAAGAUGACUGGUGUUCCUUUAUUUUAAUUAUGCAUUGCCUCUUACAGUGAUGGCUUUUUAUUAUGUUUUAUUCAUUUGGUAGCAAUUAAUUAAAUAAUAAUACAGUAUCUGUAAUGCAGUAAAUUAGGAAAGGAGUUAAUAGCUUACAGGUAUUUAAAUAAUCUAUAUUACUUUUUCAAGCUCCUCAUCAUAUCCCUCACUUAAGCACGACGUCACAGUUUAGGAUUGACUUUUACACAAUAUAUUAUUUCAUAAAUGCAAUGUUUUUCUUCACAGUCCUGAACUAAAAAGUAAACUGUUUACAUAUGGAUUAGGACCCAGAGCUUGCAUUGGGGAGAGGAUUUCAUGGACCAUUCUUAAGGUUAGUAGUUUUGAUCUAAUGCAUCCUGGGUUAUAAGCUUAUACAUAUAGCCAUAUGUAAUGAAUGUUAUGUUGUCUAGCAAUGUAACUGUUCAACUGCAAGGUAGCUGUUUUUUUCUUGUCUAAAAAAAACUAAGUGCCUUCCCAAACCUAAUGUUUUGAAACAAUUUUUUUUUUACAAAUAAUAUAAAUAAUAAAUAAAGACUUCAAAUAAUUUUUACAAUGAUUAAAAAGCUGACAGUUGCUUGGUCAGAAAUCUUGGAUAUGUUUUUGCAUAAUGAUCCCUGAAAAAUCAUUUAUAUAUAACAAUUGGAAAAUGAGAUUACUUGAGAAGAUUUAACAGUUAAAUGAACAUCUGUAUACAAACUUAAUGUAUAUGAAUUUUUGAAACACUGUUAUUUAUAAAAUUUUGAAUUAAAAAACAGCGUAAAAAAUCAGCUCUAACUAGUUCAGAUUUUCUAAAUCUAAAUAUAUUUAGACUUUGAGGGAUGCUCAACAUAAAAUUCAUCAUUGGGUGAUCAAUUUAUUGCAGAACACAUUACAAGCACUGCUGUCAAAAUUUGUGUGGACUCUAUGCCAAGGACAGGACGUCUCUCAAAAAUAUCUGCCAGUGUCUCGACCUAAACAAAAUGUAUUGAUGACUGCAUCUUUGAAAAUUUGAAGUUUUCCAAACUGGUUAAUUUAAAUUAUUGAUAUUUCUUAAUUUUUUUCUAAGUUAAUUCACAUUAAAAUACAAGAUUAAGUAUUAAGUUGUUCAAAAGAAGUGUCAAUAUUAAAUUUAACUUUUCGACCCAGGAUUCAACUGUAGUGGUAUUUGGUCAGAUUAAGAAAUUUUGAAAAGGUGCAGAGGUUAGGGAUAACGAAAAAUGCAAACUUACUGCAAGAUCUUAAACUUAAAUUUAACAAUCAUAAAAAGUAAGUCAUUGCCUUCAUAUUAUAAAAAAAUUGAGGAUUUAACUUGGAAAGGGCCAUAAAAAUAAGUCAUCUUUACAUGCAUAAUGUGGAUGACCAAUUAACUUUUUUAAACUUUAAAAUGUUUAACUCCUUAAUUUAUACCUAGCUCCGUUUGUUUAGUCUGAUAAUUUUCUUAUAUUAAGUAGUAAUCAUAUAUAAUAUAUAUAUAUAUAUAAAAGUGAAAUUUUGUGGGUUUGUUUGUGGGUCUGUUUGUUCCACAAAGGCAUUUACAUGGAUUGAUGGAUCUUGACCAAACUUUGCGCAUAUAUCCAUCAUGAUCCAGAAGAAACUCUUAAGGGGUUAUGAACUUUUUAUAACAUUCCGUUUGGGGCCGGGGGCUCGAAUUCGUUUUUUUCCUUAUAUGAGCUACAUAAAUAAAUUUAAUUACAAACACUCCUACAUGAAUGGAUGGAUCUUGACCAAACUAAGCACACAUAUAAUUUAUUAUCCAUAUUCAAAUACCGAAGGGUACUGAACUAAUAAUAUAAUUUCUUUUGGGGCCGGGGGCCCCAUUUCAUUUUUCCUAAUAAAAGCUAUAUAAAUAUCAAUACGCUUAAUACUCCUACAUGAAUGGAUGGAUCUUGACCAAACUAAGUAGAUAUAAUUUAUCAUCCAUAUUCAAAUACCGAAGGGUACUGUACCCAUAAUAUCCAUUUCUCUGGGGCCCGGCCCCAGUUCAGUUUUCCUUAUAUAAGCUAUAUGAAUAUCAAUAGGGUUAGACAACGGUAUAGGUUCUAUGUGAAUUUAUUUAUCUAAGUCUAACUUUGUUCAUUAGGCUUCUUAUUCCGUAUUGAAAUAUCGGUGGAUUUAAAACUAAUGAUAUCCGAUCUAGAAUUUUCCAGAAAGUUCGAUAAUUUUAAAAAGCUAUAUCUACGGCAUUUUUAAGUAGAUUUUAAUGGGACAAAUUUUACAUUUUAACUCUAUUAUUUAUCCAUCUGGUAUUUAUAGGGCCCCCUAUCUCAGGCAAAACUAAAUCGGUACAGUUAUGGAAUGGGCCGCCUGGGGCCCCAUGAUUAACUUAAAAGAAUUAUAAUUAUGGUAUUUGUUGAAGAUUUUUAUCGUAUUCCAAAAAUAAUUAGAAAAGUAGUUUCACACAUGUUUCGAGCAGGUUAUUAAAUUUAAUCAAGAAUGUUCCAGAAAGUUCUAAAUUGUUCCAUGGUGGUAUAUAAUGGGAUUUAAGGGAUAAUGAAUAUUUAGCUAGUUCUAUUAAUUUCUAUACUGUCCUGGAGUUUACUGUUCUCUCAGUAACACUGAUUUUUUUUUAUUAGGGGAUUCCAAAGGGGUCGGGAACCCAUCAUAAUCUUUAUUCCAAAGGGAUCCCACCAGAAAACGGGAACCCACCUGGAUCGGGAUCUCAACCUUGAAUGGAUCCACUGGGAUCGGGAUAAAACCGGGAUAUGGGACAGCGCCGGGAUCGGUGUCAGAAUGGGAUUAGGGUUUCAAUGGAAUAGGGGUCACACAAGGAUGGCGUCCUAAUGCAAUCCCGUGCAACGCCGGGUAUAUUGGCUAGUAAACCAUAAAACUUAGAGUAACUUACAUCAUACAGUUGUGUAUAGAGUAUCUGCUUAAUAUCCUUGGGUAUUCAGGGUUCCCAUGCAUCCUGGAUUAUAAGCUUAUAGCCUAAUGUAAUGAAUGUUGUUAUGUUGUCCAGCAAUGUAGCUGUUCAGCAGCAAGGCAGCUUACAACACAGGUGCAGAAUUCUUUUAGUAUUGACCAGAAGACUUAAAAUAAGAUAAUGGGAAGUAAUACAAAUGAUGGUUGAAAACCUGACAAAUACAGGCCCAUGCAUUUCAUUGAAUGGGUAAAUUUUUUUAUGAAAGAUAUGUGCAGUUUUAUACUUUUAUAUUGUAUUUUAUAAAAAUGAUUGUGUUAUUUUUUGAAUAAAGCACUGACGUGGG